AAAAAACUUGUACCCGGCAUAAUUCAUGCUAUUUCUAUAGGAUUAGGGUAUAAUCUUGUAGCAUUGAUUGUUCUACUAAUUCUUGCUGUACUAAUCCUCUGUUGUCUUUGCUGGUUACUUAUAUUACUCUGCAUAUGCUGCAGAAAUAGAAGAAGGAACAGGAAACAGGAAUAUGUUUUUGGUGCAUACAACAGUGGCCAUCAAAGUAACACUAUUAAGAGUAAUAUCUACCGUGGAGGGUCUUUUAGAGAGUCCAUUAGACGCUCUUUUAGAAACUCAUUCAGGAGAACUGAGAAGCCUAUAGAUGAAAUGGUGAUACUUGCAAGCGUAAAUAAUCUUAAUGAACCUGAAGUAAAAGAGCCAAUACCUGUGAUUGAUUUUGCAAAACAUGUGGAAACCAUGCACAAUAAUCAGGACUAUUUGUUCACUGAAGAGUUCUUUAGAAUUGAGCCUGAUCAUGCUCCAACCCGCAGAGCCACAAAAAAUAAUAAAGAAAGAAACCGUUUCUUGAGCAUUGCAGCAUAUGAUCAUUCAAGAGUUGUAUUGGAGCACCAUCCUAGUGGAAGUGACUACAUUAAUGCUAAUUACAUCAAUGGUUAUGAUGAGAAGUCAGGAUCUUAUAUUGCUACACAAGCACCACUGGCCAGCACUGCCAAUGAAUUUUGGUGUAUGGUAUGGGAGAAGGAGGCCCCUGUAAUUGUCAUGCUAACAAACCUUGUGGAAAAUGACAAAGAAAAAUGUCACCAAUACUGGCCAAAAUCAGCAAUAGAGGGAGAGAAUGUAUUGAAAUUCUCCUCCUUUGAACUGACUCUCCUUGAGGAAUCUGUGAAUGAACAUUAUACCAUUCGUAAGCUAAGCAUUAAAAUGAUUGGAAGUAAUGAAAAGAAGACUGUGGAUCAAUAUCAUUUCACAUCAUGGCCAAAUCAUGGCACCCCAUCUUCCUCUGGUCCACUGUUGGAGUUUAUGGACAUUGUUCAACAGAAAUAUGCACCUUAUGAUGGACCAAUGGUUGUUCAUUGCAGGUAA